UUCUAACCUUAAUACUAGCAAUAAUACUGCUCAAUCGCAAUCUACUUCUACUCAUAAUACACCUCUCCCGAAACAUGCAAAUAAAUCCAAAACUCAACCUAACAAAAAUCCUUUAACUCCAACUUUACUUCCUCUAAACCAACUCAAGUUUCUCAUUCAAUGGAAAUUGACACUUUUAAACUAG